AUGGCUCAUCGUCUGAUUCGAGGAUUACGAGGAGCAGUGAAAAAUGUUGCCGUCUGUGAACAAUCCAAACCCACAAACCAUUUUCUCAAAGCUUCUGCUCGGAAUUACGUGCCGGAUUUGCGAAAUUCAGCUUUCGAAAACAACAUUCUACGGCUUAUACGAAGCGAAAUCCAAUACGAGCUCGACCGUUCUCCUUCGUCUGAGCCUAUACCAAAAUUCAAUUCGUUCAUGGUGGACGAGAGGCCGGGGGAGCAGUGGAUUCGGUUGACCAGGAAAUUUGGAGGAAAAGAAGAGAUUAAAGUCGAGGUCACUAUGUUCGAUGACUCACUACCCACGAAAAAGGAUGACGACUCAGAGGAUGUCACGCUCCACAUCACUUUGAUCAUUGACAUCUUCAAGGGGGAGGACACUAAAGUCUUGGAGUUCGUUUGCUCCGCCUGGCCUGACAGCAUCGAGAUUCGCAACGUAUUUACGCGCGGGCAUGACCGGAUGAAUGAUCAGCCUUACGUGGGCCCCGCAUUCAAGGAAUUGGACGAUAAGCUGCAAGAUGCCCUCUAUGAUUUCCUGGAGGCGAGGGGUAUAGACGAUAAGCUAGCCGAAUUUCUGCAUCGGCACAUGAGGCACAAGGAUAAGAACGAGUACCUACGUUGGAUGGAGAACGUCAAGUCUUUUAUUCAGAAGAAAUAG